GCCUUUAAAGAAAAGGCAGUUUUACUUAGAACCGACUAAGCUUUGAAUUGCCUGACAGGAACCUUACUGCAUGUUUUCAUCUUCGGUCCAGGCAGCAGGUGUUCGGUGACCGCCACACAGCUCAGUUUUCUUCGAUUGCUGAGUUUAUUCAGACAGACAAGACCACGAGAACCUUAGGUGCUAUAGCAUACUCGUUUAUGAAGGAUUUGUUCUGGACGUUCAUCACUUGUGUGAUUCUUUUACGCCCUGGCUAACCUGUUGGAUACAUAAAGUCUUCUGGGUGACAUUAUCAGAUUAAGCAAGAAAUAUUUCCCGCUGUCUGUUCCAGAUGGAUAAAGGCAGAUUUAACGAGCACCGAUAUGGAUUGUAAGGGAUUCUUCAAGAGUCGCUGAAUGCCGUGAAAAUGCUCGAAAUGAUCGGGUAGAUAAAUCCGACUGCGAAUACGUCAAAACAACGCGGGUUUACAGGAGAUAUUGGCGGUCUAAGCGGAUAAAUUAAAUCCGGUACACUCAAACGUAUUAAUACCUAACUGGAAUCAAUACUGAAACAUCAUGAGCCGCCUCGGGACACAGAAGAGAGGCUCGCGCGCAGCGGACGGAGGUUUGCGGAGCGUGCCGGUAAUUUUGGAGUGGUGCACGCCAGAGACUUGGUCUUUUUGGUUUGAAGGCAUCGUUUCAUUCAGUACUAAAUGCGUGGACGACUGUGAGGGCUUGCAGAAAGCCGUGAGACAUGAAAGUAAAGCGGGCGGGAAAGUCGCGGACUCGGUGCUGAACUCUCCCGCGUGUGGGAUGAAUGAGAAUCGCCUCGUAAAUGCGGUGAAGCAGAGCGCGCACUUUCCUCUUUCCUCUUUAACCUCCACAUCUGCCGCGGGUAAAGAUUUCAGCUUUAACGGGGGUCAGAGCACUCUCACCAAGGGCAAAGUUAAAGGGAUUAUUAACCGCCAAGGAAAUACAACGAAGGCGAUGACGGGGAAAGCGAGGUGCGGGAUGUGGGCUUGGAUUUUUGCCCUUGUGUUCCUCUGGAAUACCCACAUGUUGCGCGCUCAAGACACCGCUCCAUAUUUUAAAACGGAGGCAGGAGGAGCACAGACACACCUGGAGGGGAACAGACUGGUGCUCACCUGUCUGGCAGAGGGCAGCUGGCCACUUGAGUUCAAAUGGAUGAGAAACAGCACAGAUAUCACUGAAUACACACCGGAGUACAGGUACACGAUCAUGUCUUUAAAGCGGGAGGAUGCAGGUGUGUAUCAGUGCGUGGUGAGGAACAGGAUGGGAGCGCUGAUCCAGACGAGAGCCGAUGUUCGUGUGGCUUACAUGGAUAAUUUUGCUGAACUGGAGCAGAGGAAGACGGUCUCUCAGGGAAGAGCUGCUGUCCUCAAUCCUCCUGCUGUGACCAGCUUCCCUCGACCUCAGGUCACCUGGUUCAGAGACGGUGUCAAGAUCAUCCCGAACCAUCGAGUAGCUAUAACAUUGGACAAUCAGCUGGUGGUGUUGAGUACAGCAGCGGCAGACGCGGGGCGCUAUUAUGUACAGGCUGUCAAUGAACGUAAUGGGGAAAACAAAACCAGUCCUUCCAUUUACCUGAGCAUAGCAAUAAACAAGAGGAAUCGUGGUUCCCUUGCAGACGUUAUUGCCCCGGCUGAAUUGGUUGCCCCAGUGAUAGUGAUUGCACCUAAGAACACAUCAGUGGUUGCGGGGGCGAGCGAAGCCACUCUUGAGUGCGUCGCUAAUGCGAGAUCUCUUGACAGGCUGCAGGUGUUCUGGAAGCGUAAUGGGGUGAGACUAACUGCAGGAGUGGACUCGUUCGGUCGCAGGCUGGUCAUCAGUAACCCCACUUCAGCAGACGGCGGUCUGUACGUGUGCGAGGCCGCGCUCCGAAACAGCAGUCAAAAGAGCACAGAAGCCAAAGCGUACCUCUCUGUUCUGGAAUCUCCACACUUUACAUCAAAACCAAAGCGGUCUAUGAUUGCAGAAGUUGAAAAAAACGUGGAGCUUCAGUGUCAUGCCAAAGGGGUUCCCACACCGAAGCUGGAGUGGUUCAAAGAUGCCGUCCCUCUCUCCACACUCAACAACUCUCGAUACAAGCUCACCACCUCCUCGAUGGUUCUUCAAGUGCGGAGAAUCCAACCAGACGAUGCCGGAAUAUUUCAAUGCUUUGCUGAAAACACAGCUGGAGAAGUCCAGGCACACACCAACCUGGUUAUCACAAGCAUGUCGCCAUCAUUCACCAUGCCCCCUUCUGACAUCACGGUGACUGACGGCACAUCAGCUGUGUUCACCUGUGACACAUCUGGUGCCCCCAAACCUGCCAUCAUCUGGAGGAAAGGAUCUCAAGUGUUAGCUAGCGGAUCGGUGCAGACGCCUCGUUUCACUCUGCUGGAGUCCGGAGGCUUACAGAUACUACCCAUAAUGCCAAGCGACGCAGGAAAUUACACAUGCCUGGCAUCAAACACUGAGGGACUGGUCAAUGCCACCGUGGCCCUGACAGUUUUAAGUCGAACUUUCAUCUCCACACCCCCUGAGGAUCAGCGUGUCAUCAAGGGAACCACCGCUGUACUGCACUGUGCAGCCACCCAUGACCCCAGAGUCACUGUCAGAUAUUCAUGGAAGAAAGGAACCAAGCCGCUGAGCGUGUCGACUGGUGGGCGAGUGUCAAUGAAGGAGGGUUCACUCCAAAUCAGCCAGACGUGGUCCGGAGACAUCGGAGACUACACCUGCAGGGUCAUCUCACCAGCUGGGAAUGACUCCAAAAGCGCCCGACUGGAAGUCAUAACUUCCCAUUCCCCACGUAACCUUCAGGUGGCUUUAAAUGAGACCGACAGCAGAACGGUUCUUCUGUCGUGGGUUCGACCAUUUGAUGGGAACAGCCCUCUCCUGCAUUACAUCAUUGAGCUCUCUGAGAACAAUUCUCCGUGGAAGGUCUACAUGGAUGAUGUUAGUCCUACACUAGCCAGUUUGCUAGUAAUUGGUCUUACACCAGCAAGAACGUACCAGUUCAGAGUGUGUGCUGUCAAUCAGGUGGGACGUGGCCAGUACAGCGCUGAAACCAACAGGCUGAUGCUGCGAGAGGAACCGCCCAGCGCGCCUCCAAAAAACAUUGUGGCCAGCGGCCGUACCAACCAGAGCAUUAUGGUCCAGUGGCAGCCUCCGCCAGAACCGCAGCUUAAUGGAGUCCUGAGGGGAUACGUGCUCAGGUACAGGCUGGCCGGUCUGCCGGGUGAGUUCCAGCUGAAGAACAUCACCAGUGCAGAGAUUAAUUACUGUCUGAUUGGAGAGCUCAUCAUCUGGACGCAGUAUGAGAUCCAAGUGGCUGCCUACACUGGAGCGGGCCUGGGGGUGUACAGCCAGUCUGCCACUGAAUACACACUGCAAGGAGUGCCUACAGCGCCCCCUCAAGACGUGGAGGCUGUAGCGCUGAACUCCACCACCAUCAAGUUCACCUGGACGCCUCCACCACAGCAGUUCAUCAACGGCAUCAACCAGGGCUACAAGCUGCUGGUGUGGCCCGAACACUGUCCGGAUUGCAUUACAAUGGUGACCAUUGCCCCAGAGUUCCACGGGUCACGUCAUUAUGGUUAUGUGAGCAGUUUAAGAAAGUUCACUUGGUAUGAGACGGCGGUGCUGUGCUUCACCACGCCUGGAGACGGACCGGCUAGUACAUCACAGCUCAUCCAGACACACGUUGACAAACCAGGUCCAGUGACUCAACUGAGCUUCACUGAGAUUCUGGACACAUCGCUGAGGAUCAGCUGGCAGGAACCAGAAGACAAGAAUGGCAUCAUCACAGGUUACGUCUUGAGCUGGGAGGAGGCCGGUCAGAAUGAAACGCUUGUAUCUCAGACUCUGUCCAACUCAACGCUGGCGUACAAAGUGACCGGGUUGACUUCUCUCACCACGUACGCUCUACAGGUGGCAGCAGUAACACAAGCUGGAGUCGGGGCUUCCACCUCAUCCACCAUCUCAACAGGACUGCCUCCAGAGCUUCCUGGUGCGCCCUCUAAUCUGGUCAUAUCCAACAUCAGUCCUCGCUCCGUCACCAUUCAGUUCAGCCCCGGCAGUGACGGCAAAACCGCAAUCUCCAAAUGGAUCGUAGAAGGACAGGUGGGGAUCGUGGGUGAGGAGGAAAAGAAGGAGGAAUGGAAGGUUCUAUAUGAGAGAGACAGUCCUCCAGCCUCAGACACACUGGAGAUUCCCAAUCUCAUCCCCUUUACUCAAUACAGGUUCAGAAUGAAGCAGGUGAACAUUGUGGGUUCGAGCCCGUUUAGUGAGUCCUCUCGAUUAAUGCAGACCCUGCAGUCCAGUCCAGAUGUGGCCCCGACUGGGCUCGUGGUAUUUUCAGCUAGUGAAACCAGCCUGAGGAUUCGCUGGGAGCCACUUUCAGAGGCGGCGUAUAACGGGAAUCCUGAAAGUGUGGGUUAUCGUGUACGAGCACAGCGAGCAGAUGGGUUUGGGCAGCCCCGGAUGGAGACGGUUUCUGAUCGCUUAUCCCGUGAGGUGACAGUGGAGGGACUGGAAGAGUGGACCGACUACGAGCUCAGCAUUCAGGCCUUCAACAGCAUCGGGCCUGGACCCUGGAGCAGUCCUGUACUGGGCAAAACCAAAGAGUCAGUUCCCUCUGGUGCUCCGGAGAAUGUGAGCGCAGAAGCAAUGAGCUCCACAAGUGUAUUGGUCACCUGGGGUUUGGUCCCUGAACACCAGAAGAAUGGACACAUCCUUGGUUACAAGGUAUUAUACAGAGAAAAAGAUUCUGACCAGGCUCCCCAGGCCCACCUGGUGAACGGGAACCAGACCCACACUCUUCUUUUAAGAAAUCUUUCCAAGUUCACGGUGUAUGAGAUCCAGAUGCUCGCAUUUACACGUGUCGGAGACGGACCCCCCAGCCUCCCCCCCACAGCUGAGAGAACCAAAGAUGACGUUCCUGGUCCACCUGUCAGGCUGAUGUUUCCAGAAGUGCGUCUCUCGUCUGUCAGGGUCGUCUGGCAGCCUCCGUCUGAGCCCAACGGCAUCAUUAUGGGUUAUCAGAUUUCUUACCGUCUCGAUAUCAACGACCCCAACAAGUUCACCACGGUGGAAGUGGGUUCCAACGCUCGGCAGUUCACAGUGACGGGUCUGAUGCCCGAGUCUGCAUAUGUGUUCCAGAUCACAGCACGCACUCUACAGGGCUGGGGGCCUGCGGAUGAGGCCAUCGUCAUCACCACUGAGAAAAGGGAGCGUCCUCAGGCUCCUCGCCGGCUCGCCGUGCCUCAGAAAGGGGUGGAGUCUCACAAGCUGCGACUUCAUUGGACAGCAGGUGGAGACGGCUCUUCCCCAGUGCGCUACUUCACCCUGCAGACGCUGGAGCUGCCGGACGGAGACUGGAAGACCCACACAUCCUCCAUCCCUCAUAAUAACUCCUCCUGGGAGGUGGAUAGGCUGAAGCCAUACACCUCUUACAAAUUUAGAAUGAUGGCUACAAAUGAUGUGGGAGACAGCGCCUUCAGCAAAGAAACAGAGCCAGUUACCACUCUGCAGGAUGUUCCAGGUGAAGCUCCUGUCAUUUUGCUUGUCAAACCUUCAACCACCACGUCUGUGAUUGUCCAGUGGCAGCCGCCUGCGGAGGGAACUGUCAACGGGAUUCUGGUGGGCUAUCGCGUGUAUUACCGCGAACUUCCAAGUGAGAACAACCCAAAAGCAGCCCAAUCAACCAACCAAUCAACAAUCAGUUCGGAGUUCAGAGCUAAGAGCACUUUUAAGACAGUGAGCAGCCCUUCAUUAACGGAAUUUGAAUUAACGCAGCUCAGCAAGUACAGACGGUACGCGAUUGUCAUGACAGCAUUUAAUGUUGUUGGAGAGAGCCCUUCAAGUGCACCUGUAGAGGUGUUUGUGGGAGAAGCAGCUCCGUCAGUGGCUCCUCAGAACAUUCAGGUGAAGUCAGUGUCCUCCAGUCAGCUGGAUGUGGAGUGGCAGCCUCCACCCGUCGAGACGCAAAACGGAAAUAUUCAGGGAUACAAGAUCCAUUACUGGGAGAAGGACCGUCAGAAUGAGACAGAGAAGGAGCUGGUUCUGUUCGUUCCAGAAACAAGCGUGCACCUGAAGAACCUGACGUCCUACACUAGCUACCUGGUGCAGCUCUCUGCGUUUAACGCAGCAGGAGACGGGCCGCUCAGCACCGCCCGUAAAGGACGAACCCUGCAGGCUGCUCCUGGAUCCCCCAGUCGUGUGGUAUUUUCGGAGGUGACAGGAAGCUCUCUGAAUGUGUCGUGGGGGGUUCCUCUGCAGCCCAAUGGAGUCCUGGAGGGAUACAGAGUGAUGUAUGAGCCCACCGCACCUGUACAUGGAGUCAGUAAGACAGUCACAGUGGACAUCAAGGGAAACUGGCAACGCUGGCUGAAGGUUCGAGACCUGAUGAGGGGCGUCGUCUAUCGAUUUAAGGUGCAGGCCAGAACCAUUAGUUACGGACCCGAGCUGGAAGCCAAUAUCACCGCAGGACCAGUGGAAGGCUCCCCCGGAUCACCUCUGCAAACCUCAGUCACGAAGUCCGCAUCAGCUCUGACGCUCCAUUGGACGAAAGGCUCAGAAGGUGCGGGGCCUGUCACAGGAUAUGUCAUUGAGGCUCGUCCAUCAGAUGAAGGAUUAUGGGAUACAUUUGUCAAGCAUCUCCCAGCUGGCAGUCUCUCGUACACCAUCAGUCUCGAUCGCCUGCGUUCUGGAGUGGCCUAUGAAUUCCGCGUCAUCUCCGUCAAUCGCUUCGGCUACGGCGAUCCCAGUCCACCUUCAACCGCGAUGUCUGCUCUGUCUGAAACACCUUUCUAUGAGGAGUGGUGGUUCCUGAUCGUCAUGGCACUCAUCAGUCUGAUUCUCAUUCUGAUGGUUGUGUUUGGUUUGCUCCUCCUCGGACAGAACAAGAAGUACAGGAGUUGUGGGACAGGGAAGCACAUCAGCACUGUCGAAGAAUCUGUGACCCUUGACAAUGGCGGCUUCACGGCCCUCGAGCUGAACAGCAGACAUCUGAACGUGAAGAGCUCUUUCCUCAAGAAGAAUGGAACAAGGUCUCCCCCACGGCCCAGUCCGGGUGGGCUUCACUACUCUGAUGAAGACAUCUGCAACAACUACAACGGGGCAGUUUUAACAGAGAGCACAACACUCACAGAGAAACCCACUGAGCUGUCUGAGUCUGAGGUGAGCGACAGCGACUAUGAAGACGAGCAGCCCAAACAUUCAUUCGUAAACCACUAUAUGAGCGACCCCACCUAUUACAACUCCUGGAAGCGGCAACCCAAAGGCGUGAAGACUGGAGGCGGGUAUGAGGAGUGCGCUAUGACGGAUGCAGAAGGGGGCUAUUACCAGACUGUGGUGACCCAGCACAGCGUAGGGGGUGUUUAUACCCCAACAGGACAGCCUGCAGCAGGAACGCGCACUCCAGUCACCGGCUUCUCUUCGUUUGUCUGAUGAACCAAUGAUGAAAAGCUGAUGACAAGAGCCCUGAAAAUGGGACCAAAGAAUUGGGAGUGGUUUAUCCUGGAUAACAAAGUAUCUAAUUUCCCCCCGAAAUGUGGAGUUUAGGGUUUUGAAGUAUCUUCUUGUGAACGCGUUAAUGAUUUUUGGGUGGAUUAACUGUGAUUCAGAGGAAGCGAAGACUUUGCACUGUGAGACUCUUUACGGAGAGAGAUAUUCAUUUGGUAUUCAAGACUCAAAGAAAGACGGAUGAAGGAAAUUCGUUCUCUGUUCCAUAACAAUGUUCCUUGGAUUAGUGGUUUACGCGUGGGCAAACACACGCUUGAGUGAUUCAAUGAAUCUCACUCUGAUCUCCACAACUCUGAAAUAUCACUGAAAACCUGUACAGACUGGAAAAACAAUGUGUUUUUUGUGUGGUUUAGUUUCAUGUUUUGGAACGAGCGACGUUCUGGACAAACCGCAGCACUGAAUAUACUGCCUUUGCACACGUAUUGCUCUCUUAAACCAAAAGGAGUGAUGCUUUAAGCGGGAAAAAAAAGAAAGAAAAGUGCGUUUUCUUAGCUUAGCAAUACUGUAUGUAAAUAUGCUGUAUGCGUGUAUAUUUUUAGGAUCAAUUUUUUGUAUAAAAGCAAACGUUUUUUAUUGUAGAGUAGCUUUGUGCCAAGUUGAUGUAGUUCUUUAGUGAGACUGAUUUCGGUAAGUCACAAUCCACACAUGCUCUGUUUGGCUGGUGUGUACGAGUGUGUAUA